AUGCGUGCGGUGCUUCAGCGCGUGAAGCAAGCUUCUGUACAUGUACAGGGAAGACAGGUAUCGAAGAUUGGACCAGGCAUUCUCGCACUGAUCGGUGUCUGUCAGGACGAUACACCUGAGCACAUGGACAUUCUGACGAAAAAGAUUUUGCAAUUGAAAUUAUGGCCGGAGGGAAUGCGGUUGGACGAAAGUGGCUCGCUGGCAUCGGCAGACGAACAGGUACGGCCAUGGAGAACCAAUGUCAUGGAGCUAGGGGGCGAAGUGCUGUGCGUGUCGCAGUUCACUUUGUAUGCACGAACGAGUAAAGGCACACGUCCAGACUUUCACCUUUCUAUGGGUGGCGGCGAGGCAAAGCCAUUUUACGACGCAUUUCUAGCAAAAAUGCGCAACAUGUAUGCAGAAGACAAGAUCCAUGAUGGUGAGUUUGGUGCUAUGAUGGAUGUAUCUCUCGUAAAUGAUGGUCCUGUGACCAUAUCUAUCGACACGUUUGAAAAGAAGUGA